UUGUCUGCCGGCAGUCACUUGCACGAGCACUGCGAUUAUUACAUUUAGUAGACUGUCCACAAGUUAACGGGCCUUUUGGUUAAUCGUUAUAAUGGCAGCGAUUGUAGUGGUGAUCGUCCUGGGAUUAACUGGGAGCGUUACGGCACAGUAUGGAUUAACGGAUUCCUUGCCUGAUUGGCGGUCAUUCAGACCGGCAGCGGUCAAGAUUCCCAGGAUGUACGACGGACAACCAUCAGAGAGUACCGGUGUCUUUCCUGAUGUGCUCACGUCCUUGGCAGAUCGGGCAAACUUCACCCUGGCAAAAACCAUGUACUUCGACACACUGCAGCAAGCCAAAGAAGCUGUCAAGUCCGGCAAAGCCGACAUCUUAGCUGUGGAUCUGGAACGCGAUGGUAUUUACAAGCACGAACUGAGUUUCACGGAGCCAUUAUACGCUUCGGAAGUGGUUUUUGUCAAACUCAAGUCCACGAAGGAGAUUACUCGGAUUUCCUUGCUGGAUACCACAGACCUGAAGGAUACCGUGCAUGCCCAACCGGAAAACUAUCCGGGAAUUUACUGCAAGCUGGUGUAUUCCAACCGUUGGCGCAAUGACACGGAAGAGGAGCUGAAACGGAUCAAAAUGGACAACGUGACCUUUAUGGGGCGUAACCCUCUCGUGGAGAGUGUGCUUAAAACUUUGCCUCCUUCGGUGCAAAAUGACCUGGAGAUUGUCUCGAUGUCACCACGACGCAUCACAUACCCCAGUUUUGGUCUGAGCAACUCCAAUAACUCUAAUAUAAAAUCGCUCAAACCUGCUUUGGAUAAUGGCAUCCGUGACAUGAUCGCCAGCAACGACAUGGGCGGAAUCAUCGAGGAUAAUUUGCCAGAAUCCAAUUACCAACCGCCGCCGACCACAACAACGUCAACCACAACCACUACAACAAAGAAGACCACCCAGCCUACUAAACCAACCACGACGACGGAUUCGGCGCCGUUCGCUCAGCUGGUGACGGACAAUACUUACGAUGAAAUGUUGGCCAAUGCCGACAAGGAGAUCGCAAAACUCAAUGCCAUGAGAGAGUCGUCCGGUUCGUAUUCAUCGUAUACGUACAAUAAAACCACCACCUACAACAAUAAGACGACGUCUAACUCCUGGUCAAGUGGAAAGGUCGUCAACUAUUGAGCAUAUGGAGCCCGCGGCAUUACGCAUUAAUUGUAAUGCAUAACAAUAAUUAUUAUACGGUAUACAUAGGCGUUCGUAUAACCAUUAACAGACUUAACGCUGCAUUUAUGGUGGUGUUGCAACGAGGUUAUCAUCUGUGAGCGAGAUACUCAUUAAUUUUAAAAGUUUUUUAGUGAGCUUCCAUUGUAUUACUGUAACGAUUACAAACAUACAAAAGUGGGUCGCUUUUGCUGUUAAAUCUCGAAGCAGUAAUUGUGUGCCAGAUGUGGGAA